UGUUUAAGCAAGAUCCCUUCUGAAUCAGUGCUCUAUCCUAGAUCCAAAGUUCAGCUGCUCUGACACGAGCUGCACCUGUCACGAAGGGAACUGCUUGUCUCUAGCCUCAUGCUGCUGUGGUCACUGCUUCUGGCUCUUGCUCCUGUCGGAGUCCAUUCCGACUGGUUGAGCAUCAGCCUGCCACACCAUGCGUAUGAAGGAGACCAUGUGACUAUAAGCUGCACGGGGGAAAAGAACCAUGAUAUAAGGAGACUAAAGUACUUCAAGGAUGGAUCUCACAUAACUACUUACAGAAGUGCUUCGAGCUACACCAUUUCAAAUGCAAGAUUCAGUGACAGUGGCUCCUAUUUCUGUAAGGCAGAUAGGAAACUUUUCCUAUUCAUAGACGUAACAGAAGAAACAAGACAUGUAUGGCUUGAUAUCCGAGAGCUGUUUCCAGCACCAGGGCUGACAGUCAGCUCCCUGUAGCCCAUAGAGGGGAGGUCAAUGACCCUGUCCUGCAACACCUGGCUCCCUUCAGAUAGGGCAACGACCCAGUUACGCUAUUCCUUCUUCAAAGAUGGCCAAGCUCUGCAGUCGGGUGGGAGUUCACCAACAUUUACGAUCUCAGAAAUAUGGAAAGAAGACUCAGGAAAUUACUGGUGUGAGGCAAUGACAGCCUCUCACAGUGUCUCGAAGCAGAGUCGCAGAUCCUAUAUAGAUGUGGAGAGGAUCCCUGUGUCUCAAGUCUCCAUGGAGAUCCAGUCUCCAAGGGGCUGCGGAGUUGAAGGGCAGACACUGGUCCUUGUUUGCUCUGUGGCUAAAGGGACCGGGCUCAUAAUAUACUCCUGGCACAGAGAGGACACAGAGGAAAGCGUGGGGAGGAAAAGCCAGCGUUCCCAGAGAAUCGAGCUGGAGAUCACUACUGUCAGGGAAAGUGACGCAGGGGGUUACUACUGCACUGCUGACAACAGCUACGGCCUCGUCCAGAGUGCUGUAGUGAACAUCACAGUAAAAGUUCCAGUGUGGCACCCUCUCCUCUCCAUCAGUGUUCCUGGGGUGCUGCCCUUCAUUGGGGAUGUGGUGGAGCUUCAGUGUGAAGACAAGAGAGCAUCUCCUCCCGUUCUGUACCGGUUUUAUCAUGAAAAUAUCACUCUGGGCAACAUCUCAACACCUUCUGGAGGAAAAGCAUCCUUUAAGCUCACUCUGACUGCGGGACAUUCUGGGAACUACUCCUGUGAGGCUGACAAUGGCUGGGGGACAAAGCGCAGUGAGGUGGUACUACUCAGUGUCACAGAGCCCCCACCCAAAGUACGUCUAGUGAAUGGUCCCCACCGCUGUGAGGGACGUGUAGAGGUGGAACAGGAAGGUCGCUGGGGCACAGUGUGCGAUGAUGGCUGGGACAUGAAGGAUGUGGCUGUGGUAUGCCGAGAGCUAGGCUGUGGAGCAGCCAAGCACACACCUAUAGCCAUGUUGUAUCCACCAGUAGUCGAUGAAGCUCUGCCCGUGCUCAUCCAAGUAGCCCUGUGCAAUGGGACAGAAAAGACUCUGGCUGAAUGUGACCAGGUGGAGACCUUUGAUUGUGGACAUGAUGAAGAUGCUGGAGCUGUGUGUGAAGUGGUCUUGCCUAGCAUUUCCUGAAGAUCUAAUGAGACAACAUUGGACCUCUUAUUUUCUGCGUUUGGGCCUCACCAUCCUAAUAGUCUGUAGUUUCCACUGGACUUCAAAACUUCAUCUGUGACUCAUUUGACUUCAAGAGAACUCAAAAUGAUUCUGCUCUGAGCCAAUUCUGCUCUAAGUUCUAACAGCACUAAAGAAAGUCCAAGUUCCCAAGGCCCUGGAAGUCAAGUUUCUUCUAUAUUCCUCCUUGGGCAUAUGAAGAGGUGGGCACAAGUGAGAAUCACAUGUGCCUAGGCCUUCCGUCUGAUAUGAUAGAAUGUGGUCAAAUAAAGUACAUAUAGUAAAAUAAACUGUCAAUUAUUUCAUUUCUUGAUUUGGGAAGAAACUAGCUUUUAAAAAUCUUUAUAAGCCAUUUGCUUAAGUUAUAAGUGUAAAUCAAAAAAAUUUUAAGGUGAUAUAUAGAAAAGUUAGACAAAAGUCACAUUUUCAGAAGUAACUGAUAUUUACCAAAAUAUCAGUUUUGUGUAAAAUAAUAUGUACAGAUGGAUGAUGUGGGAUUCCCCUCUGUAUGCUGUGAAUAUGUUUUAUUGCCAUUGGUUAAUAAAGAAACUGCUUUUGGCCAGUGGCUUAACAGAGCAAAGCCAGGUGGGAAAUCCAAACAGAGAUGGAGAGAGAGAGGAGGCAGAGUCAGAGAGAAGCCAUGUAGCUGCUGCAGGAGACAGAUGCUGGACACCAGACAGAACCUUACCCAUAUUCCACAAUUACAUGGCAAUAUACAGACUAAUAGAAAUGUGUUCAUUUAAGAUGUAAAAGCUAUCUAGAAAUAUGCAUAAACUAAUAGGCUAAGCAGUGUUUUAAUACAGUUUCUGUGUGAUUAUUUCAGGUCUGGGUGGCUGGGAAACAAAUGAGCAGUUUCUGUCUACAGAUGAAUGAAUGAAUGAAUGAAUAAUUUAAUUGAUUGUUCUAUAUAUUGCACAUUAUGUUAUUAUUUCAUUAAAUCCAACAACUUAAUGUUAAAGAAUUUCUGUAGCAAAAUAUGCAUUAACACAACCCACAUAUGUGUACAAGUUUCUUGAAAUUAUUGUAAAAAUUUUUACAUUGGUGUUUUCUUAUUUUAAAUUUGUCUUCCCUUUUUUGCUGAUUUUGUUUUCAGAUGGGCUAUCAGUAGCCUAGGAUGCCCUCAAACUUGAGAGAUAGCCAAGGAGAACCUUGAACUUUUGUGAUCCUCCUGCCUCUACCUUCUGGGUGCUUGGAUGACUGGUGUGUACUAUUGUACCUGGUUUUGUGUAGUUCUGGGGUUAGGACUUAGGAUCUUUUGCGUGGUAGGCAAGCAUAUAAUUAAAUUACAUACCUGUCCUAUUAUGGCCUUCUCAAGAUCUUGAUUCAGAAAGACCCUUUAAUUUUUUUGUUUAUUUAUUUAUUUGGUUUUUUGAGACAGGGUUUCUCUGUGUAACCCUGUCUGUCUUGGAACUGACUCUGUAGAUCAGGCUGGUCUCAAACUCAGAGAUCCACCUGCCUCUGCCUCCCAAGAUCUGGGAUUAAAGGCGUGUGCCACCACACCCAGCAACCCUCUUUUUCUUAUGACCUUUAUUGUCUUUCAGAGUGAAAAAAAGCCACAUUCCCCACACAGUCACC